GUCCUGCCUUCGCCUCUAGGAAGCGGAAGUGCAGGGGCAGCUGGCAACUGGGUUAUUGCUUUGAGAAACCGGCUUGUGAGGAGCGGCGGGAAAGGCGCGUGUCGGCUUCUCACUGGCGCAGCCUCCCCGGCGAUCGCCGCUGCUCCGCCCUGCCCAGGCGUCGUUGCAGACACCGGAGUGGACGAAGCGCGGCCCGGGCAUGUGCAGCCGGGGGGAUGCGAACACUGCGGAUGCCGCGGCUGCGCGGCGGGUGACAGGGCUCCGUUACAACAUGAGACUCCUGAUUGCACUGGCCUUACCGUGCCUGUUUUCCUUAGCAGAAGCCAAUUCAAAAGCCAUUACCACCUCUCUCACCACAAAGUGGUUUUCUGCCCCACUGCUGCUGGAAGCCAGUGAGUUCUUAGCAGAAGACAGUCAAGAGAAAUUUUGGAGUUUUGUAGAAGCCACUCAAAACAUUGGAUCAUCAGAUCAUCACGAUACUGAUCACUCCUAUUACGAUGCCGUAUUGGAAGCUGCGUUUCGCUUCCUGUCCCCUCUGCAGCAGAAUUUGUUGAAGUUUUGUCUCUCUCUCCGUUCCUACUCAGCCUCAAUUCAAGCCUUCCAGCAGAUAGCAGUUGACGAGCCUCCACCAGAAGGGUGCAAGUCGUUUCUCUCAGUGCAUGGAAAGCAGACUUGUGAUCUAGACACUCUGGAGAGCCUUCUGCUGACUGCCGCUGACAGACCGAAACCAUUAUUGUUCAAAGGAGAUCACAGAUAUCCCUCAUCAAAUCCUGAGAGUCCAGUGGUCAUCCUUUAUUCUGAGAUUGGCCAUGAAGAAUUUUCUAAUAUUCACCACCAACUUAUAUCAAAAAGCAACGAAGGCAAAAUUAAUUAUGUAUUCCGACAUUAUAUAUCUAAUCCCAGCAAGGAGCCGGUUUACCUUUCUGGCUAUGGAGUGGAACUGGCGAUCAAGAGCACGGAGUACAAGGCCAAGGAUGAUACUCAGGUGAAAGGAACUGAGGUAAAUGCCACGGUCAUCGGGGAGAGCGACCCUAUUGAUGAAGUGCAGGGAUUCCUCUUUGGAAAAUUAAGAGAACUGUACCCCGCCUUGGAAGGACAGCUGAAAGAGUUCCGGAAGCACCUUGUGGAGAGCACCAACGAGAUGGCCCCCCUGAAAGUCUGGCAGCUGCAAGAUCUCAGCUUCCAGACUGCUGCCCGAAUCUUGGCUGCUUCUGGGGCAUUAUCUCUGGUGGUGAUGAAGGACAUUAGUCAGAACUUUCCUACCAAGGCCAGAGCAAUAACGAAAACGGCUGUGAGCGCGCAGCUUAGAGCGGAAGUGGAAGAGAACCAGAAGUAUUUCAAGGGAACUAUAGGAUUACAGCCUGGAGACUCAGCGCUCUUCAUCAAUGGACUUCAUAUCGAUUUAGACACCCAGGAUAUAUUCAGUCUAUUUGAUACAUUGAGGAAUGAAGCCCGUGUAAUGGAGGGUCUGCACAGGCUGGGAAUAGAAGGCCUUUCUCUACAUAAUAUUUUGAAGCUGAACAUCCAGCCCUCUGAGACUGACUACGCAGUAGACAUCAGGAGUCCUGCUAUUUCCUGGGUCAACAACCUAGAGGUCGAUAGCCGAUAUAACUCAUGGCCUUCAAGCUUACAGGAGUUACUCCGCCCCACGUUUCCUGGUGUCAUACGGCAGAUCAGAAAGAACCUGCAUAACAUGGUUUUCAUUAUCGAUCCUGUACACGAGACCACAGCCGAGUUGAUUAGCAUCGCCGAGAUGUUCCUCAGCAAUCACAUACCGCUAAGGAUUGGUUUUAUCUUUGUGGUCAAUGACUCUGAAGAUGUUGAUGGGAUGCAAGAUGCUGGAGUCGCUGUUCUGAGAGCGUAUAAUUAUGUGGCUCAGGAAGUGGAUGGCUAUCACGCCUUCCAGACUCUCACACAGAUCUAUAACAAGGUGAGGACUGGAGAGACAGUGAAAGUGGAGCACGUGGUCAGUGUCUUGGAGAAGAAGUACCCGUACGUGGAAGUGAAUAGCAUUCUGGGAAUUGAUUCUGCUUACGAUCAGAAUCGGAAGGAAGCAAGAGGCUACUAUGAGCAGACUGGAGUAGGCCCCCUGCCUGUUGUCCUGUUCAAUGGAAUGCCCUUUGAAAAGGAGCAGUUAGACCCGGAUGAGCUGGAAACCAUCACAAUGCACAAGAUCUUGGAGACAACCACCUUCUUCCAAAGAGCUGUGUACUUGGGUGAGCUGUCCCAUGAUCAAGAUGUGGUAGAGUACAUCAUGAAUCAGCCAAAUGUUGUUCCAAGAAUCAACUCUAGGAUUCUGACAGCUAAGCGAGAGUAUCUGGACCUAACAGCAAGCAAUAAUUUUUAUGUGGAUGACUUUGCCAGAUUUUCUGCCUUGGACUCUCGGGGCAAGACGGCUGCUAUUGCCAACAGUAUGAACUAUCUGACGAAAAAAGAUGAUUCUUUUAUUAGACCAGUGACUUUUUGGAUUGUUGGAGAUUUUGAUAGCCCUUCUGGGCGGCAGCUACUAUAUGAUGCCAUUAAACAUCAGAAAACCAGUAACAAUGUUAGGAUAAGUAUGAUCAACAAUCCCAGCCAAGAGAUCAGUGACUCAAGCACCCCCAUCUUCAGAGCCAUCUGGGCAGCUCUGCAAACACAGGCCUCCAGCUCUGCUAAGAACUUCAUCACCAAGAUGGCCAAAGAGGAGACGGCAGAGGCCCUGGCCGCAGGAGUGGACAUUGCGGAAUUCUCUGUCGGGGGCAUGGAUGUCAGUCUUUUUAAAGAGGUCUUUGAGUCUUCCAGAAUGGAUUUCAUUUUGUCUCAUGCCCUGUACUGCAGGGAUGUUCUGAAGCUGAAGAAGGGACAGCGAGUGGUGAUCAGCAACGGAAGGAUCAUUGGGCCUCUGGAGGACAAUGAGCUCUUCAACCAAGAUGAUUUCCACCUCCUGGAAAAUAUCAUCCUGAAAACAUCGGGACAGAAAAUAAAGUCUCAUAUCCAACAGCUUCGAGUAGAAGAAGACGUGGCCAGUGAUUUGGUAAUGAAGGUGGAUGCUCUCCUGUCAGCACAACCCAAAGGAGAGGCGAGGAUCGAGUACCAGUUCUUUGAGGAUAAACACAGUGCAAUUAAGCUGAAGCCCAAAGAAGGAGAGACAUACUAUGAUGUGGUAGCCGUUGUUGACCCUGUCACACGAGAAGCACAGAGGCUCGCCCCCUUGCUCUUGGUUUUGACUCAGCUGAUAAACAUGAAUCUAAGAGUAUUUAUGAAUUGCCAAUCCAAGCUUUCCGACAUGCCUUUAAAAAGCUUUUACCGUUACGUCUUAGAGCCGGAGAUUUCUUUCACUGCAGACAGCAGCUUUGCUAAGGGACCGAUAGCAAAGUUUCUGGAUAUGCCACAGUCUCCGCUGUUUACUUUGAAUCUGAACACACCUGAGAGUUGGAUGGUAGAAUCUGUCAGAACACCAUAUGAUCUGGAUAAUAUUUAUCUAGAAGAGGUGGACAGUAUAGUGGCUGCUGAGUAUGAGCUGGAAUAUCUGUUACUAGAAGGUCAUUGUUACGACAUCACCACAGGCCAGCCCCCUCGAGGACUACAGUUCACUUUAGGAACUUCAGCCAACCCAACAAUUGUGGACACAAUUGUGAUGGCCAAUCUGGGAUAUUUUCAGCUCAAAGCCAAUCCGGGAGCCUGGAUUCUGAGACUGAGGAAGGGGCGCUCAGAUGACAUUUAUAGGAUCUACAGCCAUGAUGGUACAGAUUCCCCUCCUGAUGCAAACGACGUUGUUGUCAUCCUCAAUAACUUCAAGAGCAAGAUCAUCAAAGUGAAGGUUCAGAAGAAGGCAGACAUGGCUAAUGAAGACUUGCUGAGUGAUGGGACAAAUGAGAACGAGUCUGGAUUCUGGGACUCAUUCAAGUGGGGCUUCUCAGGACAGAAGGCUGAAGAAGUGAAGCAAGAUAAAGAUGACAUAAUCAAUAUUUUCUCUGUUGCAUCUGGUCAUCUCUACGAAAGAUUUCUUCGCAUCAUGAUGCUCUCAGUCCUGAAGAAUACCAAGACUCCUGUGAAGUUCUGGUUCUUGAAGAACUACUUGUCCCCCACAUUUAAGGAGUUUAUACCUUACAUGGCCAAAAAAUACAAUUUCCAGUAUGAGCUUGUUCAGUACAAAUGGCCAAGGUGGCUUCACCAGCAGACGGAGAAGCAGCGAAUCAUCUGGGGCUACAAGAUCCUCUUCCUGGACGUGCUUUUCCCGCUGGUUGUUGACAAGUUCCUCUUUGUGGAUGCUGAUCAGAUUGUACGGACAGAUCUGAAGGAGUUAAGAGAUUUCAAUUUGGAUGGUGCGCCUUACGGUUACACUCCCUUCUGCGACAGCAGGAGAGAGAUGGAUGGCUACCGCUUCUGGAAGUCAGGGUACUGGGCCAGUCAUUUGGCUGGACGAAAGUAUCACAUCAGUGCGCUGUAUGUCGUGGAUCUGAAGAAGUUUAGGAAAAUAGCUGCUGGAGACAGACUCAGGGGACAGUACCAAGGUCUGAGCCAGGAUCCCAACAGUCUUUCAAAUCUUGAUCAAGAUUUGCCCAAUAACAUGAUCCAUCAGGUGCCAAUCAAAUCGCUCCCUCAGGAAUGGCUUUGGUGUGAAACGUGGUGUGAUGACGCCUCUAAGAAGCGGGCAAAGACCAUCGACCUGUGUAAUAAUCCCAUGACUAAGGAGCCCAAACUGGAGGCUGCCGUGCGGAUCGUCCCUGAGUGGCAAGACUACGACCAGGAGAUCAAGCAGCUGCAGACCCUCUUCCAAGAGGAGAAGGAGCUGGGGACCCUGCAUACAGAGGAGACGCAGGAAGGCUCUCAGAAGCAUGAGGAAUUAUGAUCUCUGGAGGAAGAUGGGAAACCCACCUUGACAGUUUGGACUAACUGCUGUUUUCUCUGAUCUUUCGAUACGACUGCUGAUGAACGGAUUGGGCAGGUGUACCACACCUAUUGAUCUGAGCAUUGAUUUAGACUACUGCACCCUAGUGGGUGCUAGAUCCUUGGGGCUAAGGCUCUGUUGGAUUUGUACCUCAGAGGAAGACAAGUGGCUGGUCUUCUGGGACUCUUCUUCUCACCAGAGGGAGAAAUGCCGGCAGCAACUGCAAGAAGCCCAGUCCUUCGGUGCCCACAGCCCAGAGCACACACUGCUGUGCUGGCCCAGAAGCUGGGCAGAAAGGUCACCAUGUUCUUCCUUACCUCAGUUUACCUGCAGCCCUUGCUGCAGUGCAGAUGCCCACCCUGUACCAGGUCAGGCCGGCAGAUGCUUCAUCCAUGCCUCAAGGUCUACGCCAACAUGCUUCUCACGUCUCUUCCCCUCCCCACCCCCCUUCCCAAGCACUAGGCUUGUUGUUUAAUGGAGCCCAACCAAUAAUCAUGUGUCUUCAGGGUUGGCUCAGUGCAGUUGCUAAGCAAAUCAGUCUUCAGGAGAAACGGGGUGGUGUGGAUAAGGCUGGAAGAAAUGGCAGGUAGUGGAGAGUGUUGGGGUGUUCGAUGGAAGACAAAAACAUGGGCCGUUCUCUUCAGUCUAGUACCCAGUGAACUGUCCAGGUAAUUGUUUUGUAAACAAUUUUUCUAUUUAUGAAAAUGUGUGCUUUUUCUUCUUACUUUCUAAAAAGCUGUUGGUUAUCAGUUUCCUGGCUGGGCACAGGCGUCCUGAGUCCCUCAGUGACCGCUCUCAGCGUGCUCAGCCUCCGUCUGGAUGCACCAUACUGUCUGCCCUUUCCCUUGUAGAGUUUUCUCUCAGACCCAGGGGAUAACUUUGGGUGUUUCUUCCCCCAAAUGCUCUCAGACCUGUGACCAGGAAUGACUCUGUCUCUGGAACUCGGUUUCCUACACUCUGUCUUUCCCUUGUGCUUUGGCUCUGAGGGUCCCCUUUGGCUUUCGAGACUUGCCGAGGUCUGGUCCAGUUCUAAGGUACUGCUGCUGUCUGAAGCAGCACCCUUCACUGCUUUGUGUUCACAGCCACAGCCCAGCAUCACCUCGGGAGCAGCCUGGGCUGAGGAGCCUUCCACGUGUUGUUAACCUGGCUGGACAGGUGUGGGUGUGUGGUGUCAUCUCUGCCCAGGACUCAGGGAUCUACAGCAGAGAGUUAGUGUUGCUGGGCACAGGGUGUGGCUCAGUGGCAGACAGAGUGCUUGUCUAGCAAGCCCAAGGCCUUCUGUCUGGUACUGUAUCUCCCCAGCCCCCCCCCCCCAAAAAAAAAGACUGAAUAUGAGGAAUGAGUACUGUGGGUAACUAAGUUCUUGCCUGUCCAAGCUAGGUAAUAUGUGUGUUACCAUGGAAGAAUGGCCUACAGGAGCCGUGGUUAGGGAUUUGAGUGGGCAAUUGUUAAGUAAUAAGUAGAGACAGAAAACUGGAUUGGGAAUUCAGAGAACCAGCAUUAACCCCCUUACCUCGUCAGCUGGAGCUCCCACUGAGAGUCCUGGGCAGAGCACAAGUGUCCCCUCAGGUCAGGAAUCCACAUAAGAGAACAAAGAGCAGCACUAAAAACAACAUCAUUUAGUUCGGUGCUCACGACACCCCAGAAACGAGCUGGGGGGCUGCUACCAUCGGUCGGUCAGCAGGGUUUUCUCCCUCUCCCUCUGCAGGCGCUUGGGUAGCAAGGACAGGCUGUAGCGAGCCCUCUGACCUUGGAAAGGUGUCUGGGAAUAAAUUACUUCCCAGCUGUUUCAAGCGAUGUAUUUUGACUCUUGGAUUAUCAAAGUGUUUUGUCAUUUGUCAUAAAGUCAGGGAAGGGGCACACAUCCCCAGACAAAGGGCCAUGGAGGAUACGUUUGAGACAAACAUGUUCCAUAGCUUCUUAGCUUAACUAGCCCUUGACAUUUAUUGAUACAGUGUAUAUUACAACAUGAAUUUCAAAAAAUAAAAAAAUUACCACACAUAUAUCAAGUAAUAUCUCCCCCCCCCCCAUUUUCAAAUCUAAAAGUUAGCUUAAGAGCCAGCCUUUGUUCAGGCUUCAUGUCCACCCUGGAUUAAGCUCUCAGGGCUGCUGCGCCCGACUGUGAGCGGAAGCUGUCUUCCCAGUGCCCUGGGAGCCUGGAGUGUUGAGCAGGAAUAGUCAGUGCUCUGAGAUGCUGGCCCGGUGGCCAGGGUCCUUCUCUUACCAAAUUAUGUGUGCCUCCUCUGAGGAAGAGGAAGGCAUGGGUCUCCUAUGGCCCUUUAGUCCCUCGUGGGUCACUACACUGACAUAAGUCAUAUUCAGAGCUGAUGCUGGCUAGGCCAGACCCUAAACUAAACCCUUCUAAAGCUGUCCAGGCCCCCCCUUUCCUGGUCCUUCCUUGCAUCCUGUGGAUUAAAUCAUCUCUACAAACUAAGCCACUGCCACAAAUGGGCUGCUGCCGGCAAGUGGCCCUGGAAGGGUGUCCCUGUCAGAUUUCACCUGACAUUCUCACUACGAAAAAGCAUGUUGUGACUGAAAAGAGAGAUGAGCUAUUCUCCAAGAAGCAGGAAGUGACUGAGCAGACAGGUUAUUGAGGCUCCUGGAGAGCUCACCGCCAUUCUUGGCCUGCGAAUAAAUGGUUCUUUGACCUCCUGUCAUAUAGCAGUAGAGUGUUUCCUUUCUGAAUCACUAGGGUAGUGUGACCUGUGACAAGUCAGACUGUGCCGAUGUGAAUCCAUGAAAAGCGGCCCUUGACUGGACCUGGGGCUGUGGGGCACAGCUCUCCAGAGUCCUGGGUUAGAAGUAUCCUGGAUGCACCCAUGUCGAGAGUGGUAAUGUGCUGGUUUCAUAAGAUAGUUGGCGUUGUUACCCGGGCAGAGGCUACAUUUCUGGUUGAGCAUGGUCGUCUCGGGGCGUGCAUGUGUGCACCGUGCAGGGCCUGUCUGGUCAGGAGCAGACUUCAUGGCAGGUAUGUUACCUGGCUCUCGUCUGAGUUGCUGAAAGAUGAGCUGAGAGCCCAGUGCUAAAGAAGGAAGAAAAGAACAAGCAAACAAACAAACAAAAAACAGGAAACAAACUUGACUGGCAUAGUUUAGGACUGGUCAGAUUUGGUCACCAGUAUGAAGUCAACUCCUCUUGUCCGCGUGUCCUCCAUUAAAUUACCCUUCUAAAAUUACCCUUCCUAGUUAGACCCGCAUGCUUCAAGGAAAUGAUGCACCUGAGGCGUUGGGAAGGCGCUCACUCCCAUGCACUUUUCUGGGGAGAGUUCAUGGAAGGCUGCCUAGAGGGACACGUGCUGGCAGUACGGAGCACGACUUCUUAAGAGAGUUGUUGAGUCCGUGGCUUUAUGGGAUAUUGUAUGAUGAUCAGAGUCAAUCAAACGGCUCCUCACGUUCUUGUUUACUAAGUAGGGGAGCAGUUUUCUGUUGAAAUUUCAUGAACUCCCAUUUUCUCUGCCUUAAGGUAAUGAGGACUUCUCAAAUGCUGGAUCAAGCUCAAGCACAUUAAACAUUGUCACUCAGGAAGUCACUAAAAUUUCCAAGUGUCUGGAAGGGUCUCACCCCUCCCUCAUUGCUGGUGUUUUGUGUCUCCGUGUAAUAACAGAAAGCUCUUCUGUGUUACAUAGCCAUGGUGGGUUGGCGGAUCCUUCUCGUGGAGUCAUUGCAUGCUGACUGCCAAGAGCAGCUGAGCGUCGGUGCCAGGCAUCAGCGUGGCACAGGGAAGUCCAUCAGGUCGGGGACAGAAAGCGGGAGGCCUCUUCCUAGUCUCCCGGGUCCUUAGCAGUGUGGAGGGUCCGUGACCGACCGUAUGAGCAGGGCGUGGAGCCGUGGACUUUCCCAGCCUGUGCUUUCUGCUUGCCUUACUUGACCCCGGUGGGCUCAACAAAGAAGUGGGCACCAUUCCCUUAGCCAGAUGCAAACUCUACUCACCCAAGGUCGGCAGUGCAACAGAGACUACCAAGCACUCUGUUUUCCUACCCAAAAAAAGGGGAAAUGGAGAGAGAGCUUAGGGGUUUUAAAGAAACUGUGUCCUACUCUGUCCAUUCAAACCAACACCUCACUUGGCGAUGAGGUUAAACUCUGUGGAUGUCUUAGUCCACGCGGGUUUCACCGUGAGAGUAAGAUCUGUCCAACACAAUAAAAUUCCUCCUCUCUUCUUA